AAGCAAGAAAAAGCAAGAAAUGAGUGAAUAACCAGAAGGGACAGCAUGCGAGAAGGAAAAAGAAACAAGGAGACAGAGAGGAAAAGAGAGAGACAAAGGUAAAGCAAUGGAGAACACACACCAUCUGGCAACCAUGACAACCGAGGCAAAUGCACACCAAACACGGUGGCUAUGAAAUGGGAGAAAACGAAAUGAAAGGAAAUGGCAAGAGCAGCUUAGAAUUGCUAUCACUAUAGAUGAAGGAUAGAUAAGAAGGAUACAUCUUCCCUUCAACUCAAGUCAUUCGUGGUGGAUCUCUUUCUUCCUUGUGUUUUUUUUAUUGUUUUUCCCUAUUUGCUUUGGAGUGGUCGACUGGUGUGGAGGUGAAUGGAGUGUCUUCUGUUGCUGGCCAUCACAGACUGCUUCCCUCAUUUGCAGGGAGAAAUAUGAAGAGCUUUAAGUAGAAGUACCUUGAUGAAGUCUUUGAUGGAUUCACUGAGGUGGGCUUGAACCCACUCAUACCACAUUUCCCUUUUGAAAAGAGCAAUCCAAAUUGGAAAUCCAAACUCAUCCUCUUCAGAACUGCACUGAAAAUCUAAAGAAGGGAACCAUGUAAAGUCAUGUCUUUGGCUACAUCAUAGUGUCAGGAGCAGCAAGCCAAUCAAGAUACAGAAAACCUAUCAAAUCUACCACCCACAAAAUGGCAAGAUGGCCCCACCCUUGACUUGUUGAGAUCUCAAGCUCUCAUGAACCCUAUGGCACAGCUGUAUUACAAGAAGGCGAGCUAUUCGCCAUACCGUGAUCGGAUACCACUGCAGAUUGUGCGGGCUGAGGCUGAACUGUCAGCAGAGGAGCGUGCCUACCUAAGCGCAGUGGAGAAGGGGGACUAUGCAGGUGUAAAGAUGGCGCUUGAACAGGCAGAGAUCUAUUACAAUAUUAAUGUUAACUGCCUGGACCCACUAGGACGCAGUGCCCUUCUAAUUGCCAUUGAGAAUGAGAAUCUGGAGAUAAUGGAGCUGCUGCUGAAUCAUGGUGUGCAUGUGGGAGAUGCUCUGCUUUAUGCCAUCCGCAAGGAGGUGGUGGGUGCAGUGGAGCUGCUGCUAUCCUACAAGAAACCAAGUGGUGAAAAACAGGUACCUGCACUUAUGAUGGACACUCAGUUCUCAGAAUUCACACCUGACAUCACGCCCAUUAUGCUGGCUGCUCACACCAACAACUAUGAGAUCAUCAAACUACUCGUCCAGCGCAAAGUCACCGUGCCAUGGCCACAUCAAAUCCGCUGUGACUGUGUCGAGUGUGUGUCCAGCUCAGAGGUGGACAGUCUGCGGCACUCACGCUCCCGACUUAAUAUCUACAAGACUUUGGCAAGUCCUUCACUUAUUGCUUUGUCUAGUGAGGACCCUAUCCUCACUGCAUUCCGUCUAGGUUGGGAACUGAAGGAGCUCAGCAAAGUGGAGAAUGAAUUCCGGCAAGAGUAUGAGGAGCUCUCACAGCAAUGCAAGCUCUUUGCUAAAGACUUGUUGGACCAAGCAAGGAGUUCCCGUGAGCUAGAGACAAUCCUCAACCACAGUGAUGAUCACAGUGAAGAGCUGGACCCCCGAGAAUGCAGAGACCUGGCCAAGCUCAAGCUGGCCAUCAAGUACCACCAGAAAGAGUUUGUGGCUCAGCCCAAUUGCCAGCAGCUACUGGCUACGCUGUGGUAUGAUGGCUUUCCUGGAUGGCGGCGACGUCACUGGGUGGUGAAGUUGAUCACAUGCUUCACCAUUGGCCUACUCUUUCCUGUCUUCUCCAUUACGUACCUGCUGGCACCAAAGAGUACACUGGGUCUCUUUAUCAAGAAACCCUUUAUAAAAUUCAUCUGUCAUACUGCCUCAUACUUGACCUUCCUCUUCCUCUUGCUCUUGGCCUCACAGCACAUUGUGCAAACUGAUCUGCAUGUUCAAGGUCCACCACCCACCAUUGUGGAAUGGAUGAUCCUACCUUGGGUUCUGGGGUUUAUAUGGGCUGAGAUUAAAGAGAUGUGGGAUGGAGGCUUUACUGAAUAUGUUCACGAUUGGUGGAACCUGAUGGACUUUGCUAUGAACUCUCUCUACCUAGCCACCAUAUCUCUCAAAAUGGUGGCUUAUUUUAAGUACAACAGCUCCCGUCCUCGUGAAGAGUGGGAGAUGUGGCACCCGACACUGAUUGCCGAGGCAUUGUUUGCCAUUGCCAACAUCUUUAGUUCGCUUCGGCUCAUCUCACUUUUCACAGCCAAUUCUCACCUGGGCCCACUGCAGAUCUCACUGGGCCGAAUGUUGCUCGAUAUCCUCAAGUUCCUCUUCAUCUACUGCCUAGUGCUCUUGGCCUUCGCUAAUGGUCUCAACCAGCUCUAUUUCUACUAUGAAACUGAAGCAGCUGAUGAGCCAAACCACUGCAAAGGCAUUCGCUGUGAGAAGCAGAACAAUGCCUUCUCCACGUUAUUUGAGACACUUCAGUCUCUGUUCUGGUCUGUGUUUGGUCUGCUCAGCCUCUACGUAACCAACGUGAAAGCCCGGCAUGAGUUCACUGAAUAUGUUGGGGCCACUAUGUUUGGCACUUACAAUGUCAUCUCACUGGUGGUGCUGCUCAACAUGCUCAUAGCUAUGAUGAACAAUUCCUACCAGCUCAUUGCUGAUCAUGCUGACAUCGAGUGGAAGUUUGCCCGCACAAAGUUGUGGAUGAGCUACUUUGAUGAAGGAGGGACGCUUCCGCCUCCAUUCAACAUCAUCCCCAGUCCCAAAUCAAUGUGGUACCUGUGUGUAUGGCUGCACAGCCAUUUCUGUGGUCAAGGACAGCCUACUCCUGAGGAACAGCACAAACACGACAACCUCAAAGAGUUCACAGAAAGACACGCUGACAGCCUUAUUCAGAACCAGCAAUAUCAGGAAGUGAUAAAAAAUCUGGUGAAACGAUACGUGGCAGCAAUGAUCCGCAGAACCAAAACCGAUGAAGGGCUGACUGAAGAAAACUUCAAGGAGCUCAAACAGGACAUCUCAAGUUUCCGCUAUGAGGUCCUAGACCUGCUGGGCAACCGCAAGCCACCACGCCGUACCUACUCCUCAAGUAGUGAGGCUACACAACCUGAGACUGAGCAAGAUGAAGAUGCAGAGAAGAGGAACAAAGAAGCAAGGCCUGGAGGACAAGCACACUCAAGUUCCGUCUUAUUUGCUCAAUCGGACAAAAGAAAGCGUGAAGGCCAAUUUACCGUUUCAGCUCUUUUCCGCUCUAUGACAGGUGUGGAGGAUGUGAAUGAUGGCCCAAAAAGCAAUGGCUUAAAGAAAAACAGGUGGUCUGUUUCAUCAUUUGGGAGGACAAGUGGACAUUUGCGGCACUUCUCAAGCUCAAAGAAAGACUCGCUACGCCAUCUGGGAUCACUGUUUCGUCGUGUGAAUGGACACGUUGCUGAAUCAUGCUUCAAGAGUCCCCAACAGCAACAAACCUACAGCAUUUCAGAUGGCGUUUUGCAACUGCCAACGUCCUGGCAGAACCCACAAGCACAGCCAGAGAACUGGCUGACAAGAAGCAGCAUGCACCUGCACACACUCAGAGAAGCUGGUGCAAGAGACAAGAAACAAUCAGUGUCCCAACAACAGGCAAAUGACAUAGACAACCUCCUGCCCUCUGGCUUACACUGUGCUUCCAGUCUGACUGCUUCCAGCUCCCUCUUGCUGUCCUCCAGUGAGGAUCUGUGUCAGGACUUGCCAGGGCCCUGCCAGGGCCCCAAGGACCUUGACUCCUCCUAUUGGGAACAGGAGGAGUCAAUCACCACACAGCUCUAAACUCUCAUUGGCUACACAAAAAUUAUGCUGCGAUAAUCAAAGCAGGCCUGCCAUUACUGUAUUCCAUAUCAAUAUACACAAUGGACAGCACCUGUACAUGUAUUCAAUUUGCUUUUAUGACUUCUAUAAUUAGCAAAUAACUAGUCUUUAAAUACUGUCACCAGAAUGUUAACAGUUUAGUUUCAGCAAUAUGGAGGUGAAUUUGAAUCAAUGAAUCCUAAUGCAAUGCUUUCUUUGUUACAAGUACACACCAAAUGGCAUUUGCACAUAAUUUUAACAGCUACAUAUAGCUACCAACACAUCACUUUUGCUAUUUACUUAAUAAUGCUUCCCUGGCUUAUAAAGCAUUGCAAAAAAAUGUGUAUUUAUGAGCUUAAU